UUGAUGCGGCGCGCGUCGGCGUCGCCCUCCUCCCAUUGAGCGAGGCUGUGUCGCGUGGCCCAGCGUCGGCGUGACGGUUGGACGCGGGCGCGGCACUGCGGGUCCCGAUUGCUGCAGCCGCUUGUCAGUGUGAUGAAGAUUGGCACCCAGACACCAUUCGCUUUUCACUCAAGAUGAUUUGAUGUCUUAUAGAACUCUGGUGAACCAUGAUGGCUACACAGACAUUAAGUAUAGACAGCUAUCAAGAUGGGCAACAGAUGCAAGUAGUAACAGAGUUAAAGACAGAACAAGAUCCAAACUGCUCUGAACCUGAUGCAGAAGGAGUGAGCCCUCCCCCCGUGGAGUCUCAGACCCCGAUGGAUGUGGACAAGCAGGCCAUUUAUAGGCAUCCACUAUUUCCAUUGUUAGCUUUGUUGUUUGAAAAAUGUGAGCAAUCCACACAGGGCUCCGAGGGCACGACUUCUGCCAGUUUUGAUGUAGAUAUCGAAAAUUUUGUAAGGAAGCAAGAGAAGGAAGGGAAGCCCUUCUUUUGUGAAGAUCCAGAAACUGACAAUUUAAUGGUAAAAGCAAUCCAGGUUUUGCGCAUUCAUCUUCUUGAGCUGGAAAAGGUUAAUGAACUCUGCAAAGAUUUCUGCAGUCGAUACAUUGCUUGUCUGAAAACGAAAAUGAACAGUGAGACACUGUUGAGUGGAGAGCCUGGAAGCCCGUACUCCCCCGUGCAGUCCCAGCAGAUUCAAAGUGCCAUUACGGGCACUAUCAGCCCUCAAGGAAUUGUGGUGCCGGCGUCUGCGCUGCAGCAGGGAAACGUAGCCAUGGCGACUGUGGCAGGUGGCACAGUGUAUCAGCCUGUCACGGUUGUCACUCCCCAAGGCCAAGUGGUCACGCAGACGUUGUCGCCCGGGACAAUUAGGAUCCAGAACUCCCAGCUUCAGUUACAGUUAAACCAGGAUCUCAGCAUCUUGCAUCAAGAUGACGGUUCAUCUAAGAACAAGAGGGGCGUCCUGCCGAAGCACGCCACGAACGUGAUGCGGUCCUGGCUCUUCCAGCACAUUGGGCAUCCCUACCCAACAGAGGACGAGAAAAAACAGAUUGCUGCUCAGACAAAUUUGACACUACUCCAAGUCAACAACUGGUUCAUCAAUGCCAGAAGACGAAUUCUUCAGCCAAUGUUGGAUUCAAGUUGUUCAGAAACCCCCAAAACAAAGAAAAAAACUGCUCAGAACCGGCCAGUUCAGAGGUUUUGGCCCGACUCUAUUGCAUCAGGAGUCGCACAGCCACCGCCGAGCGAGCUCGCCAUGUCAGAAGGAGCUGUUGUGACCAUCACCACGCCCGUGAACAUGAACGUGGACAGCCUUCAGUCUCUGUCCUCGGACGGGGCCACCCUGGCGGUGCAGCAGGUCAUGAUGGCAGGGCAGAGCGAGGAUGAGUCUGUGGACAGCACAGAGGAGGACGCGGGCGCCCUAGCCCCCGCGCACAUCAGCGGGCUCGUCCUGGAGAACAGCGACUCCCUGCAGUAGGACGGAGGAGCAGACUCACCUGACUUUUCAUAGUUUGCACAGCAAACAUUUUACACAGUUUUAUUUCUGAUAUGUUUUAUAUGUAGAUAUAGAAGAGUGCACUUUUGUAUUUCAUAGUAAGCUUAAAGCGUGUCUUUGCCGGUGCAGCGACUUCUUUGAAGUGUGUGUGUGUGUGCGUAUGUGUGUGUGUGGUGUGUGUGUGGUGUGUGUGGAUUUUUAAAGAAAUUCUUUAAAGGUUUAACGCUAGAUAUGUGAGGAAUGACACACCACUCCCCCCCCCUCCUUGAAUCCCUAAUUAGAUUAAGGAAAAGCGCUGCCAUUUUCUAAACCGUGAUGCAGUUUUCACUUAGUUCUGUGGUUCCAGCAGAUCUCAGUGGGCUGGUUUUUUUUGUGUGGCCCAUGGAUUUGAAAGAAGCUUCUGCACCUGAAACUGCCAAUAUGCGGGGACUGUGGCACACACCUAGACUGAGUGUGGUUUCAUCGUGGUGGAUGGAUGGCAAGCUCAGCAAGCCCAGUCCCCUCGUGUUCAGUGAGCCUGUCUCAUUUGCUAUAUAUAAAAAGAAACUCCUAUUUUUACCUUGCUGGAAUUAUUGGAUAAAAAAGCUAUUUUUAUAAAUUCGUUAUAAAUUGGAUGACUAUAUUGAGGAUAAAAUUUCUAGAGAAGAAACAAUA